AACCACCGCCACAGCCUUCUCCAAAAAGCACAAACUCACCACCACUCCCACUCUCUACUUCAUACACUUUAUCUUCCUUCAAACCUAUUCAAUAUGCACUUCUACAUUGCUGGCGCCACUGGCCGCAACGGCUCCAUUGCCCUCGACACUGCCCUCGCCAACGGCCACAGCGUCACCAUCCUCGCGCGCAACCCAGCCUCCGUCAAGCAGCAACAACACCCCAACCUCACCAUCAUCAAAGGCACCGUGACCUCCCAAAAGGAUGUCGAGACGGCCCUCUCCACACCCAUCAAGCCCCAAGUGGUCAUCACCACCAUCAACCCACGCCGCACUAGCGAGAGCCCGUUCGCACCACUUGCCCCAGAGUCACCUGAGGACCUGCUCGAGUCGACGGCCAGAAUCCUCCUUGACGCUAUCCGCAACGUCUAUGGCACUCAGAACCGUCCCAAAAUUGUCGUCAACUCUUCGCUCGGCGUCGGCUCGUCGUGGUCGUACAUGCCACUGCCCUUCAAGCUCAUCUUCCGCAUGAGCACCAUGAUCCUCACCAUUCGUGACCACGACAACAUGGACAAACUCAUUCGCGAAAGCGGCCUUAUCUUUGUUCUUGCUCGCCCCGCUAGACUCACCGAGACUCCCUCAAAGGGCGUAACGGUUCUUCCAGACAACGGCAAGGGCUUGUCCUGGUCCGCAGCUAUUGGCAGACAAGAUGUUGGCGAGUGGCUUGUACGUGCUGCCGAAUCUCACGAAUGGGAUGGCAAGUCGCCUGUCCUCGUCAACUAAGUUUUGAUAUGUUAUGUUUUGCUGCGCGUUUUGGAAUUUCACAAUAGAAUAUAAAUUGUACAAUC